UGUUGUCAUAUGUACGAACUCGAACGUGAUCGGUGGAGAUCUCUUGCGCAGAAUCAGCUCCGUGUGUCACUGCCAACGUCAUAGGCAGUGUAGGCUUUGAUAACCAUUACUCGUAAUAUUGUGCUUCUACUCGCGACUUGACAAGUAGUUCUAAUACGUGUUAUUGCCAAUCUUUGUGCUUUUCGAUUGGCGGCCGAGUGCUGUGCGUCGAGCAAAAUGCAAAUAAAUAAAUAACAUUUAAAAUCGCUUAACAAAAAAAAAAGUACCAAAAACCACUGUAGGCAUUGACAUAAGCAUGGACAUGGACGUGAAUGCUCCCGCAUCCCAGUCGAUCUAUCCACAUUCGGCAACAAUGUUUGCCGCCAUCAGUGCCUGCGUCUUUACGACCAUUGGCGUGCUAGGAAACCUAAUCACUUUGCUGGCUCUACUCAAAAGUCCAACGAUACGGGAGCAUGCGACGACGGCUUUUGUCAUAUCGCUGAGUAUAUCAGACCUUCUAUUCUGCUCCUUCAGCAUGCCCCUGACAGCAGUUCGCUUCUUUAAGGAGAGCUGGACCUUCGGCAGCACCUUGUGCAAGAUAUUCCCUGUAAUCUUCUACGGCAAUGUAGCCGUCUCCCUUCUCAGCAUGGUGGGAAUCACCCUCAAUAGGUACAUACUCAUCGCUUGCCAUAGCCGAUACUCACAGAUCUACAAGCCUAGGCUCAUAACGCUGCAGCUGGUCUUUGUGUGGGCAGUCUCCUUUUUGCUGCUGCUGCCACCCAUUCUGGGGAUCUGGGGAGAAAUGGGACUGGAUGAGGCGACCUUCUCCUGCACAAUACUCAAGAAGGAGGGAAAGUCCAUCAAGAAGACGCUCUUUCUUAUUGGUUUCCUUCUUCCGUGCCUGGUCAUUAUAGUCUCCUACUCCUGCAUUUACAUUACUGUGCUGCACCAAAAGCGGAAAAUCCAAAGCCACAACUUCCAAAUUGGCGCCAAUGCAGCGGGCAAGGUCACAUCUGGGGGCUCGUACGUGACCACAACGUGCACGAGAAAGGUGCGCGAGGACAAUCGGCUCACCGUAAUGAUGGUGACCAUCUUCUUAUGCUUUCUCAUCUGCUUUCUGCCACUGAUGCUGGCCAAUGUGGUGGACGAUGAGCGGAAAACCUCCUAUCCUUGGUUGCACAUAAUAGCCUCAGUCAUGGCCUGGGCCUCCAGCGUCAUCAAUCCGAUUAUUUACGCGGCUAGCAAUCGCAACUACAGAGUGGCCUACUACAAGAUAUUUUCGCUUCUAAAGUUUUGGGGCGAGCCCCUGUCGCCGAUGCCAAGUAGGAACUAUCACCAAAGCAAAAACUCAAAGGAACUUUCGGGAGUCAUCCGCAGCACUCCUCUAUUUCACGCUGUUCAAAAGAAUAGUACCAACCAAAUGUGCCAAACAUAUUCAGUAUGAGUAGAUGUCGGACAUUUUCCUUUGUAUAAGAGCUGUUAACCAUAUCAAUUACCUACCAACUACUUUCUAAUUUAUAUGUGGACAUAGACGUGUAUUCAAACGCAUAUGUAAGUCGGAAGUUACCGAAAUAAAUAUAACUUUAGAUCAAUUGAGAAA